AUGAAAUACUACCACUGCCCAUUUCCACACAACUGCCUGUUUCCUUUGAGCAUCAACCUCAAGAAGACCUCUUGGUUCUUCGAAAGGAACUACCAGCACACCCUGGCCGUCUUGUUCGCCAUUAGCGAGAUCAAUGAGAAUCCCAGACUCUUACCUAACAUCACUCUGGGCUACAACAUCUAUGAAAAUUACCAAAGUGCAAGGAUAGCUUCUGAGACCACCGUAGACCUCCUUUGUACUGGGCUACACCACUUGGCUUUCCCCAACUAUUUGUGUGGAAAGCAGGAGGAGCCGCUGGCGGUCCUUCAGGGUGGCGAUGACCAGGUCUUCUUUCAGAUGGCCACUGUGCUGAGCAUCUACAAAAUUCCUCAGCCCCGCACCAAGGAGGAAGUGGCUUCCAAAGCACCCCGCAAGAAGCACCAGGCAGGGCGGGGAGCCAAAUUACGGGCCAACCCACAGAUGGGCCAUGUGGGUUUCUGGGAGUUGCAGUACUUGGGCUCCUUAUUGCCUGUGGAAGAACCAGAUGUCUCUGAAUGGACUCUGGCUUGCACAGCCACCUUCAAAGGCCUAAAGAAUGCCCUCGACCUUCUCAAUGCCUCUGAUGCCUCUGAUGCAGGUUUGGGGGCCACAUACUUGCAUGAGGCAGAGGAAAAGCUUCAUCCUUUUCUGAGAAACAUCUACUGUAACACGACAACCAUAAAGAAUGUGCAUUUUAACGAGGAUGGGGAAUUAGUUGCUGACUAUGAUAUUCUGAAUUUGGUUGUCUUUCCUAAUGGCUCUGCCGUGAGAGUGAAAGUCGGGGGUCUUGAAAUCCAGGCUCCCUCAGGCCCGGAGCUGAACAUUCAGGAGAACGCCAUUGUCUGGCCCAGCUGGUUUAACCAGACACGACCUCGAUCCGUAUGCACCAAGAGCUGCCUGCCUGGAUACAGCAAGAUGGUUCCAGAAGGACAGCAGAUUUGCUGCUAUGAUUGUGUACCAUACUCAAAUCAUUGUGAGGAGUGUCCAGUAGAUCAAUCUUCAAAUGAGGACAAGGAUCAAUGUGUUCCCAAAAGGAUCGUAUUUUUUUCCUAUGAAGAACCUCUGGGGAUCAUCAUGGCUUUCUUUGCACUACUCUUGUCCCUGACCACAGUCACUGUUUUAGGAAUCUUCCUUAAAUUCCUGGAAACUCCACUUGUCAAGGCCAACAACCGGGAUCUCUCCUACAUUCUUCUCGUCUCCCUCUUGCUCUCCUUCCUGUCCUCCUUCCUCUUCAUGGGCCAGCCUGGGAAGGUGACCUGCCUCCUCCGACAGACUGCCUUCAGCAUCAUCUUCUCCACUGCUGUCUCUUCUGUAUUGGCCAAAACCAUCAUGGUGGUGGUGGCCUUCAUGGCCACAAAGCCAGGGAACACGAUGAGGAAAUGGCUGGGGAAGAGCUUGGCAAACUCCACUGUCAUGACCUGCUCUGGCCUUCAAGUGGCCAUUUGCAGUGUCUGGCUGGGAAUCUCUCCCCCCUUCCCAGACUCCGACAUGUUCUCCCAGCCUGGACAGAUCACCCUGCAGUGCAACGAAGGGUCUGUCGCCAUGUUUUAUACGGCCCUUGGCUACAUGGGCUUCCUAGCUGCUGUCUGUUUCACGGUGGCUUUCCUGGCCAGGAAGCUGCCUGGUUCGUUCAAUGAAGCCAAGCUGAUCACCUUCAGCAUGCUGGUCUUCUGUAGCGUCUGGGUGUCCUUUGUGCCCACCUACCAGAGCACAAAAGGGAAAUACAUGGUAGCCGUGCAGAUCUUCUCCAUCCUGGCCUCCAGUGCUGGCUUGUUGGGCUGCAUCUUCCUUCCCAAAUGCUACAUCAUUGUACUGAGGCCUGGUCUGAACACAAAGGAGCAUCUUUUGCUGAAAAAGAUAGAAAACAUGUGA